AUGGUUUCUGUUACAGUCUCCCAGUACAACCUUUUCCAAGUACGGCAGCAGUUUGGAGAUGUGACAGUCCAGGGCGCCAGGAAUCUGAACAUUGGCGGAACGCAGAACAUCGGUACACCUCAGACCAACCCAGAGGAAGAGGAGAAGCCAUUGACUGUUGCAGCACAGAAGAUCAGGAAAAGAACGGAAUCUAGGACUCAGUCAAUGACUAAAGACAUGGUGGAGACAGAAGCCCUCCAGAAAGUGACGGAAAAGCUGGACAGAGGUGCAACAUGGGUGACAAUUAAAGGAAGGCCAGGAGAGGGGAAGUCUACAAUAGCCUACAUGACCCUCAAAGAUCAGCACACUCAGGGGAGACAAGUGUAUCAGGUGGUGUCACCAGAAGAGUUCAAUGAGGUCAUAACGGCCAGCACAAACCCUGUCAUUAUGUUAGAUGACAUAUUCGGUGAUCUAGAAUUUGAUGUAGCAGAAUGGGCAAAGUGGAGGCCCAGUCUACGACCUAUUGUGGAUAUGAAGGAUCCAGACAAGACCACUCAAGAGGACUCUAUGGAUAAGUCCACUAAAAGUAAAAAAGAGAGAACAAAGGAUGAGCAAACAAUGCUAAAGAGAACAGCACCAAACAAAGGCAAAACUAUCAUUAUCCUCGUAGGCCGUGACUAUGUACUGAAAUCCUCACUGGCAGACUUGGGAAGGAUGGCAGAUUACAUAUCUAGUCCCCAGUAUGUGGUGGAAGUUUCCUCACAGAGAGACUCUAAUGAACGAAGGAAGAUAUGGCAUGUUCAUGCCAAAACAAAAAACAUAGACUUUGAUGAGUCAACCGUGUCUCGGAUAUGUCAAUCUGACUGUCCACACGGUUUUCCCCACGUGUGUAAAAUGUUUGUCACAUCAUGUGAAAAGGAUCAGACUCAGCUUCCAGUAGAUAAUUUUUUUCAAGCGCCUCUGGCAUUCCUCCAACAGACCCUGAAUAAAUUUCUUAAAGAUGAGAUAAAGGUUUCCCUGUUCAAGGCUAUGAUUAAAAGGGAUGGAAAGAUUAGUGGACAAGAGUUUGAGGAGGAGGACGCCCAUGGAUACAAAUACAUAACAGCUGCUGAUGAUUUAGUUGGAUCUUACCUCAAGAAGGAAGAUGACACAUACAUGUUUGACCAUCCCUCUAUAUAUGACAGUGUCGCUUUAAUUCUCAGUACAAAACAGACAAAGUUUGUCAUCGAUUUUUGUAGUUUGUCAUUCAUCCAUCAGCGACUUCAUCUUAAAGCCUCCGCAAGACCCGGGGAAAACGUUCCUGGUGAGACAGGUCUUGUUGCAAACAUCUCAUGGAACUAUGCUGAACAUUUAGCAAGAAGAUUUGCAACUGAAAUUUCAAGGAGCAAUUUCUUGCAUGUCUUAUCGCACCAGGCAUGCUGUAAUUCAAACUUCAUUGACUUGCUAAUGGACUGCCUGAAGACGCAGUGUCACAUGUCUGUCUCUGAUAUUCCCAAACUAGCUGAUAACUCUUCAAAACAGUCAUUUUGUGAAUUAAUUUCUAGCAGCAAGUCACACCAUCUCAUCAAAUUUAUUAUUGAGAAAGAAAACAGAACAUUCAGCCAGCGUGAACUGAGAGACAUUUUACUUGGGGUGUGCAUGAAUGCUGCUUGUAGUGUACUGACCUAUAUCAGUAAACACCAGCAGCUUGAGAUAGACGCUAGAUAUGGUUUGAUGAAGAAAACGCCACUUAUGUUAGCAGCAGAAACUAAAGACAGUGUUUUUGUAAAUCAGAUUAUGGCCCUUCACCCUAACCUGAAUGCUAGAGACUGUCAAGAUCGAACUGUCUUUCAAUACCUUUGCACAAAUGGUCUUACAUCAGCUGUUGAACAUGCAAUCAACAUUGGUAUGGAUGUUAUUUUUCCACGAGAACACCACCAACGCCCUCUAUACCUUGCCAUAAAAAAUGGCCAUGUUGGUGUGGUGGAACUGCUGCUACAUAAAGGAUGGGAUAUAGACAAACAGAGAGGUCUUGAAUGUGCAUUCGAGAGCCAGAACACGCAUAUGACGCGUUUCUUUUUAGACAGAGGAGCACAGGUUGACGGUAAUGUUGUGUGCAUUGCUUGUCGGUUGAAAAACUUGCCUAUCAUCAAGAUGUUGUUUGAGGAGGGUGCUAAAGUUGACAUGAUUUCAUCAGCUGGCGAUACUCCUCUUCACAGUUCAUGUGGAAGAAACCCUAAUGUUCUCUCGUUUUUGUUGGAGAAAGGAGCAAAUGUGAAUGCUGGAGCUCAUGUGAAUGUACUAAACAAUGCAGGUGACACACCACUUCAUGAAGCAGCAGUAGCAGCAGCAAGGGAUGGAUUUACAGGGCGCGUUGAUGUGUUGCUGAAGGCUGGAGCUUAUGUGAAUGUACAGAAUAAUGCAGCAACUGAAGCAGAAGAUCGGACAUCUGCAUGGUGUGUUGAUGCGUUACUGAAGGCUGGAGCCAAUAUCAAUUUACAGAAUAAUGCAGGUGACACACCACUUCAUAAAGCAGAAAAAGCAUGGGGUGAAUCUACAGAGUGUAUUGAUGUGUUGCUGAAGGCUGGAGCUUAUGUGAAUGUACAGAAUAAUACAGGUGACACACCACUUCAUAGAGCAGCUGCAGGACCAGAUUGGUUAUCUGAAGGAAGUGUUGAGGCGAUACUGGAGGCUCGAGCCAAUAUGGAUUUUCAGAAUAAUACAGAUGACACACAACUUGAUGACGACGAUGAAGCAGUAGAAUGGAUGUCUGUAUGGUGUGUUGAUGUGUUACUGAAGGCUGGCGCUCAUGUGAAUUUACAGAACAAUGCGGGUGACACACCACUUCAUGAAGCAGCAGCAGUAAAGGAGUUAGCAGCAGCAUCAGAAGAAGAUGCAACAUGGAAUGAACCUACGGAGUGUGUUGGUUUGUUUCUGAAGGCUGGAGCUAAUGUUAAUGUGCAGAAUGAUACAGGUCACACGCCACUUCAUUCAGCAGUAACAGAUAGAUAUAUAGGGUGUGUUGAUGCGUUACUGGAAGCUGAAGCUAAUGUGAAUGUACAGAAUGAUACAGGUGACACACCACUUCAUUCAGCAGUAUUAUAUGGAUCUUCAGAGUGUGUUGAUGCGUUACUGGAAGCUGAAGCUAAUGUGAAUGUACAGAAUAAUACAGGUGACACACCACUUCAUGCAGCAGCAGUGAAGGGAUUUUCAGAGUAUGUUGGUGUGUUGCUGAAGGCUGAAGCUCAUGUGAAUGCUGGAGCUAAUGUUAAUGUGCAGAAUGAUACAGGUCACACGCCACUUCAUUCAGCAGUAGCAGAUAGAUAUAUAAGGUGUGUUGAUGCGUUACUGGAAGCUGAAGCUAAUGUGAAUGUACAGAAUGAUACAGGUGACACACCACUUCAUUCAGCAGUAUUAUAUGGAUCUUCAGAGUGUGUUGAUGCGUUACUGGAAGCUGAAGCUAAAGUGAAUGUACAGAAUAAUACAGGUGACACACCACUUCAUGCAGCAGCAGUGAGGGGAUUUUCAGAGUAUGUUGGUGUGUUGCUGAAGGCUUGA